AUGCCAGUCAAACGUGAACAGACUCCCGACUCUACCUCCGAGAACGACCUGAAACCACUCGUAAAUGGAACUACUAAGAAAGUUAGGAAGACACCUCCUUCCACAGCUCGAAAAGAACGUAAUUCAUGGAGCGAGGUCGAAGAAUCACAUUUCAAAGAAGCUAUCAACAAUAUCGUAAAGAAGAAUAUCUGGUCGGAAAUCAAAAUGAACUUUCCUGAGUUGGCUGGGAAUAGGAGUGCGGAUGCAUGUAUCAAUCAUUGA